GCUUAUUCGUGUUCGUCAUUUAUCGUUAACCGCUUUGUUGUCGCUAUUUGGUUUUCAAAACUUAGUACAAUUAAUUAACGAUAUAAAAAAUCGUUGAAAAAAUAAUGGACGGCGAUCUGUACGAUGAGUUCGGCAAUUAUAUCGGCCCCGAUAUUGAAUCAGAUUCGGAUUCGGCAGAUGAACUAGAUGAUCGUGACGAUGACGACGCUGAAGACGCUCACGAUGAUAUGGAUGAAGGUGCCGUUGUAGGCGAGGAGGAUGAUGAGGAGUCAGGGAUGCAGGUGGUUCUGCAUGAGGAUAAGAAGUACUACCCCACUGCUGAAGAAGUGUAUGGACCUGAUGUCGAGACGAUAGUGCAAGAAGAGGAUGCACAGCCAUUAACUGAACCAAUCAUUGCUCCCAUCAAGAGACGAAAGUUUGCAAUUGCAGAAGUCGAUGUUCCUGAGACAACUUAUGAUUUAGAGUUCUUAGCGGACAUUAUGGAUAAUGCCAAUCUGAUAAGGAACAUUGCAUUGGUCGGCCAUCUGCACCAUGGCAAGACCUCUUUCGUUGACUGCUUGGUGGAGCAGACUCAUCCAGCGUUCGUAAAUAGGGAAGAUAAAGAUAUGAGAUACACUGAUACAUUAUUCACUGAGCAAGAGAGAGGUCUGAGUAUCAAAUCAAUGCCAGUAACAUUGGUCCUACCUGAUAUCCGGAACAAAUCAUUUCUACUCAAUGUGUUUGAUACUCCAGGUCAUGUCAAUUUCUCGGAUGAGGUGACAGCGUCCAUCAGGAUAUCAGAUGGCAUCGUCUUGUUUGUCGACGCAGCUGAAGGAGUGAUGUUGAACACUGAAAGAUUAUUGAAGCACGCGGUCCAGGAGAGGUUGUCUAUAACAGUUUGCAUCAACAAGAUUGACAGGCUGAUCCUGGAGUUGAAGCUGCCUCCCAGCGACGCCUACUUCAAAUUGAGGCACAUCAUUGAUGAGAUUAAUAAUCUUUUGAGCAUCUACUCAGAAGACCAAGAUGACCUCUUCAUAUCACCCCUCCUUGGAAAUGUCUGCUUCGCCAGUUCGUACUACAGAUUUAGUUUCACACUGAACUCCUUUGCUAAUAUCUAUGCCGAGGCGUUUGGUGGUAUAGAUGACCAGGAGUUUGCAAAGAGGCUAUGGGGAGAUAUUUACUUCAAUAGCAAAACACGUAAAUUCACGAAGAAGCCACCGAAUCCAUCCAGUAGCAUGAGAAGUUUUGUUGAGUUUAUACUGGAGCCCCUCUAUAAAAUAUUUGCCCAGGUCGUUGGGGACGUCGAUACGAGCCUGCCGAGGCUCUGUGAUGAGUUGGGCAUCAAACUGACGAAGGAAGAAAGCAAACUGAACAUUAAACCACUGCUGAAAAUUGUUUUGGGCAGGUUCUUUGGAAAUUUUACAGGUUUUGUGAGUAUGUGUGUGCAGCAUAUAAAAUCCCCUAUCGACAAUGCCAGAAGGAAGAUAGAACACAUAUACACCGGACCCCUCGAUACAGAACUUGCCAAUCAUAUGUUCAACUGUGAUCCAGAUGGACCCUUAAUGGUGCACACUACGAAAUUGUACCCCACGUAUGAUGCCACGACCUUUCAUGCUCUGGGUCGUAUUAUGUCUGGUACGCUGUCCUCCGACCAAAAUGUCAGGAUCCUUGGGGAGAAUUACUCUCUUGAGGAUGAGGAAGACUCUAGGAUGGGAUUGGUUAAUAGACUUUGGAUUUCUGAAGCCAGAUACAACAUAGAGGUGAACAGGGUGCCGGCCGGGAACUGGGUACUCAUCGAGGGUAUCGACCAGCCGAUCGUCAAAACAUCCACCAUCACUGACGUCAGUGGGAACGAGGGGGCGCACAUUUUCAGGCCCUUCAAAUUCAACACCUCAUCUGUCAUUAAAAUCGCUGUGGAACCGGUCAACCCAUCCGAACUUCCCAAAAUGUUGGAUGGACUGAGGAAGGUUAAUAAGAGCUACCCUCUCGUCACUACUAAGGUGGAGGAAUCGGGUGAGCACGUAAUCCUCGGCACAGGUGAGUUGUACCUGGAUUGCAUCAUGCAUGACCUCAGGAAGAUGUACUCGGAAAUUGACAUAAAAGUAGCGGACCCGGUUGUGAGCUUCUGUGAGACGGUCGUUGAAACAUCAUCCCUCAAAUGCUUCGCUGAAACACCCAAUAAAAAGAACAAGAUCACGAUGAUAGCAGAACCUCUGGAGAAGGGCUUAGCAGAGGACAUUGAGAACGAGGUCGUACAAAUAGGCUGGCCUAGGAAGAGGCUGGGAGAGUUCUUCCAGAACAAAUAUGACUGGGACUUGCUGGCCUCCAGGUCCAUCUGGGCCUUCGGACCGGACACAACUGGACCCAACAUCCUCGUCGAUGAUACCCUGCCCUCCGAGGUGGACAAGACGUUGUUGGCCUCUGUGAAGGAUAGCAUCGUUCAGGGUUUCCAGUGGGGUACGAGGGAAGGGCCCCUCUGUGAUGAACCGAUAAGGAACGUGAGGUUCAAGAUCUUGGAUGCACAGAUCUCGACGGAGCCCAUCCAGCGAGCCGGGGGGCAGGUCAUCCCAACCGCCAGGAGAGUGGCCUACUCGGCUUUUCUUAUGGCUACACCAAGGCUGAUGGAGCCAUAUUUUUUUGUCGAAGUCCAAGCACCAGCUGAUUGCGUGUCAGCUGUUUAUACAGUACUUGCUAGGAGGAGAGGUCACGUGACUCAGGACGCUCCGGUUCCGGGCUCACCGCUCUACACCAUUAAGGCGUUCAUGCCGGCCAUCGACUCGUUCGGGUUCGAAACCGACCUUAGGACACAUACCCAAGGACAGGCGUUUUGCCUGUCCGUCUUUCAUCAUUGGCAGAUUGUGCCAGGUGAUCCACUGGACAAGAGCAUCGUAAUCAGACCACUGGAACCACAACCUGCCACCUAUCUGGCCAGGGAGUUCAUGGUGAAAACCAGGAGGAGAAAGGGCUUGAGCGAGGAUGUGAGCAUCAACAAAUUCUUUGAUGACCCUAUGUUACUGGAAUUGGCCAAACAAGAUGUCGUACUCUCUUAUGCUAUGUAAUUAUCCCUUCACUACGUGUCUGGCCAGCCAUCUGAAACGCUAUUAUUAUUAUUUGUGUUUUAUUAUUACUAAUGGUUUUUAUUCUUGCUCGAUAUGUUGUUGUGUGAUUAUUAUUAUUAUUAUUAGUUUUGUUAUGUUUUAAUUAUUAUUUUAAUUACGAUAAUCGUCGUCGUCGUCUUCAUUGCGUUUAAUCUUUACAAUGACCGAGACUGACUACAAUGACUGUUUGUUUUUUCAUCCAACAUAAAUAAACAACAUUUACAAUAAUAAAAUAACUUGAAGUAAAAUACUUGCGUGUUUUUCUAAAUCAAGCUAUACAAACUAAUAUCAUAUCAAAUGAUGAAUACGCCAAAUAAGUUGGGAGACGUGGCAAUGCUCACAAGUACUGUACAAGAAGUGUAAAAGUAAUUCAGAUAAAUAUCAAGAUACUCAGACGGGCAGAAAUGCCCACUUCUUAAAUCUUUCGUGUUCCUCUUUCUCACUGGGACAGCUCUGGACCAUGACGAUUUGCCUCUGCGGAAUAAUGGGAUUGGGAUCUGUUACGUGUGUGGCACAUGCUUUUGUUGCCUGGUUGAUGAGUUUAAAGUCGGGACUGAAUUCCCAGGAUUGUUGUCUGUCGUUUAGUCUGCAGUCUUCCAGGACGAUGUAGGCAGUUGAGGUGGCGGUCAGACAUUUGCGGUUUGAUAUCAACUUCCUGUCUGAGGUCAGUUGGAAUAUGUUUGAUGGAUUGGUUUCUAUUUCGUUCGCCGAAUCGCAAUUUACCACAUCGAUUUUCAUGUCGUCGGCAACGGCGGUGCAACUUCCACUCUCCACCUUCAAGUAGCCCAUUUUAACCAUCUUAUUGUCAAUAUCGAUAUUUUUCCUUUGAAUCUUUUCAAAGUACCAUUGAACAUCGGUGCAUUUUUUGGGGUCCGUAACUGAAUUUUUCCUGUCCGAGAUCAACUUGUAAUGAACAUC